AUGGCUGAUUCGCUUGAGAUCUCUAAAACCACAUGCCACUCUCGCUCAAUCAGCUUGCCUUCAAGAAAUCACCCUCUCGAAACAGCUAUCAAAGAGCUGUUGCAGAGGCUGAAAUCAUCAGAUUCAACUUCCUCAUCUCCGGCCUCAUCAGCACCCCAAAAGUUAGGAGGCCUCAAAGAUCUGUACGACCGCAUUGAUGAUUGGCUUCAAAUGCCUCUAAACCAGCAGGCUCUUUCCCAUGAACCCCAUAGGAGUUCCAUGGAAGAGUUGUUGGACGGAUCUCUGAAGCUAUUGGACGUCUGUGGCAACAUGAAAGACAUUAUUUCGCAGAUGAAAGAAUGCAUCCAGGAACUCGAGUCAUCAUUCCGAAGAAGGAGACAAGGAAAUCCUGCAUGGUCGAGUGAAAUCGAGACAUACACAAAAUCAAGGAAAAGAAUGCAGAAAAUGGUCGCAAAGCUUUUGGAUCGUUUGACCAAGAUGGAGAGGAAAAACAACCUGAGAAAACACUCGAACCCUGAGGCUAGUCUCAGCAUAUUAAGAGAAGCUGAAGAAAUCAGUCUGACAGUAUUUGAGUCCCUGUUACAUGUCCUUUUACGGCCAAGGGAAAGAUCGAAGCCUAUCAGUUGGUCUUUGGUCUCGAAUAUGUUGUCACUUAAACGUGUAUCAAGUGAUGAGAAAGCGGAAUACAUCGAAGGCCUGGAUGUUGAAUUGACCGUUAUGAAAUCUGCUAAAGACGCUAGUCCUCAAGUAUGCAAUGUGUCCAAUAGACUGGAGGCAUUGGAAUCGAGCGUUCGGGAAAUUGAGGAGGACCUGGAAUGCAUUUACAGGAGACUUGUCAAAACAAGAGCAGCUCUUCUGAAUAUGAUCAACUGCUAG